UGUUUUUUUUCUCCCUCUUUAAGUCUAUUUAUAAUUUCCCAGUUGCUAUUUUGGGUUCUGCUUAAGGAAAGAUUCUAUCCGCCCCAAGGAAUGGGUUCCAGGGUGUGUUUCCUCCUCGGCAGGUGUUGAAUUGAGUUCUUCAGAUCCCCAAGUAGCUCUUAGGCAGGAGGGAUAAAAGCUAUUUUAGGGUAGUCACUGAAGUGGAGCUGUUAAUCCUCUGUGGGUCUCUCCAGUUAAGAACACUUAGAGGUUAACCCUUUCCUUGCUGCAGGAGGGCUGUUUCUCCACAGCGUUUGAGAGGGUUGGGAGAACUCUAGUGUGGCAGCCAAAGGUGGGAACAGGCAACUCAAUACAAAGGCAAAGAUAAUAGCUGCCUUUUGUUGGGUGCUUACUGCCAGAGAGGCCCUAUGCUGAGCUCUUUGCAUACCUGACUCACAUAAUCCUUACAACAAGCCUGUGAGGUUAGUAUUUUUAGCUUUACAGAUGAGGAAACAGGCUAAUAAUGGAGAAAGAACACAGUUUCUAUAGAGAUGAUGUAACAUCAUAAAAACUAGUUUCAUCAGAAGGCAGCGGGUAUGAUGGCUCACAACAGAGGACAGACAGGCUGGGGAGCAAUUGGUCUCCUUUCAGCUUCCAAAGGGGGCCUACAGAGUUUUUAGCAGGCACUUGUAUUUGUGGUACAGAGACUUAAUAAAGGAAGAGAUGCCUCACGUGAGAGAGCUCUGGCCCAGGAAGGUAAAGUAAAGAGGGACUGGUGAGAGGGGAUGACUGAGGGUUAAUUGUGAGGGGAAAAGGGGAAGGUUGCAUUCUGGGGAGAUGUUGGGAAGGGAAGGAAGCUGAGGUCUGAAAAGUAACAUUAAAGGGGAGGGGAAACAGUAGUCCUACUCAGGCCCCAUGUGGGAGAGAGGCAGACACAAAUUAGAUGUCAGAGAUGACACUGCGCGUAUUCACACAUUUUAUAUGUCAGAUGCUUUCAGGAGUAUUAUUUCACUUAAUCCUCCAUGAGAAUAUUAUAGUUAAGGAUAAUAAAUCUCGAUUUUAUUAAAAAAAAAUUUUAUAACCAUUUAUUUCAGCCAGAUUGAGGUCGGGAAGCAAGAUCUCAAAUGUUCUCAAUAAAUCUCUAUCUUAGAAAUUGAGGAAACGGAGGUUCAGAGAAACAAAAUAACCUGCCCAUAGUUUCACAGCCAGUGAGUGGCAGCUCUUCUGAUAGCAAGUCCAAGGUUCUUUCCACACUGCCUCCCUCUUCAGAUCAGGUGCCAGAAGGAAUCUUGGGAUGAAAAUAUACUGAGUUAGACCAGUAACUGGGAGUGAUUGUGUUUGUUUUAUGGGAACAGGUUCUGUCAGCUUCUCUGUAGUUAAAGUUAGCAUGUGAGACCAGAAGAGCAGCUUUGAAGGGAAGCAGAAUUCUUUGACAGUUUUGCCAAGGAAGAACUGAAGGAAUAGGCCUGACGUGAGAAAAGCUCAGGAUUCCUUUGGAGGAGUGGAGUUUGCAGACAAAAGACAGAGGGAGAGAGACUAGAUUCCCAAAAGGACUCCUUAAGGUAACACUAGCAGCUUUGGCCAUCCAGCAGCUUUUCAAUGACUGUAGGUAAGGACUUCCGCUGUGCCUUUUUAAAAGCUAGGGUGAGUAGGAUCAGGGUGUUGGCUGUUUUCUUUUUAAAGCCAUAGCCCCAUUAAAUGCAGAUCAAGGCAAGCACAUGGCUGCUGGCUUCCUCCUUUGGUUCUGUGAAUACAACCUCAUGAGCCUGUUUCCUAGAAGCCCAUUACUCAUACUAAAUUGCUGUGUCUUGUUUGUGCUUGUUCAGGAGAACAGAUGAGGUGGACGUGUGGGAGGUGGGGGAUGUACUGUUCUCUUUCUGAGUUUGUGCGGAAUUUCCAGGGCUAGGCUCCCCUCUCACAUUAGCCAGGAUGGUACAACUUGCUUCCCUCUGGCUGCCAUUCCCAACUUUCCAGAGGUGGAGGUGCAUGAUUUCAGAUAUCAAGAGGAAGCAGAAUUUGACUUUGAAGGCACAUGGCUACCCACUCAGCCCAAAAACCACACCAGUGCAUGUACUGUGAUAAGAUGUUUCACCGCAAGGACCAUCUCCGGAACCACCUGCAGACCCACGACCCCAACAAAGAGGCUCUUCACUGUUCCGAGUGCGGUAAGAAUUACAAUACGAAGCUGGGCUACCGGCGCCAUCUGGCCAUGCAUGCCGCUAGCAACGGUGACCUCAGCUGUAAGGUGUGCCUGCAGACCUUUGAGAGUACCCAGGCCCUGCUAGAGCACCUGAAGGCCCACUCACGCCGGGUAGCAGGGGGUGCCAAGGAAAAGAAGCAUCCCUGUGACCACUGUGACCGGCGCUUCUAUACUCGUAAGGAUGUGCGGAGGCACCUGGUGGUGCACACAGGCCGAAAGGACUUCCUAUGCCAGUACUGUGCCCAGCGGUUUGGCCGCAAGGACCACCUGACACGGCAUGUCAAGAAGAGCCACUCGCAGGAGCUGCUCAAAAUUAAGACAGAGCCAGUGGACAUGUUAGGCCUACUCAGCUGCAGUUCCACAGUCAGUGUGAAGGAAGAGCUGAGCCCAGUGCUGUGCAUGGCCUCUCGGGACAUGAUGGGGGCCAAGGCCUUCCCUAGUAUGUUACCCAUGGGCAUGUAUGGCGCCCACAUCCCUCCCAUGCCCAGUGCAGGCAUGCCACACUCCCUGGUGCACAACACGCUGCCCAUGGGUAUGAGCUAUCCUCUGGAAUCUUCACCUAUCUCUUCUCCAGCUCAGCUUCCUCCAAAAUACCAGCUUGGAUCUACCUCAUACUUGCCCGACAAAUUGCCCAAAGUGGAGGUGGAUAGUUUUAUGGCGGAACUUCCUGGAAGCCUGUCUCUUUCAUCCGCAGAACCCCAGCCCGCCUCACCUCAGCCGGCGGCAGCUGCGGCCCUCCUAGAUGAAGCACUGCUCACCAAGAGCCCCGCCAACCUCUCUGAGGCCCUCUGCGCUGCUAAUGUGGACUUCUCCCACUUACUGGGCUUUCUUCCACUCAACCUGCCCUCAUGUAACCCUCCUGGGGCCACAGGAGGCCUGGUCAUGGGCUACUCCCAGGCUGAGGCACAGCCCCUGCUCACCACAUUGCAAGCUCAGCCUCAAGAUUCCCCGGGAGCUGGGGGACCUCUGAACUUUGGGCCUCUGCACUCCUUGCCUCCUGUUUUCACCUCUGGCUUGAGCACCACCACCCUGCCUCGUUUCCACCAGGCAUUCCAGUAGCCCCCAAGGAGGCCCUCAGCUCAGUCUUGAAAUCUGUCAGGGCGCUUCAGUACCCAUCCUAUCUGUAUCCCCCAUAAAGGCAGCUGAGCUUUCAGAGCUGGGUUCAAACAGAAAAAAUCCAGUAUCUGUAUGGAGCACUUGGUUUGGGGGCUCAGGCUCCAGGAUCAGUUCCAAGAGGAACUUUGAGCCCCAACCCCAUGAAAAGAUCACAUACUAUAGGACUUCAGGUAUUUUUACUUUUUUUUUUUAUCUGAAUCGGGAGCCACACUUAGUCCUCUCUUUCUCCAAAGUGUCAGAACCUCAUUCUCUUUGGAGAAGGGGUGACCUGUUGGAGACACAGGGUUUCACUUUGGAUGACCUCGAGAAAAAUAGCCGAAGAAGCCGCCUUCUGGUCCCAACCUGCAGACCCCACACAGUUGGUCAGGCCCUGAUGACAGAGGGUCACUUGGCUCCAUCACCUGCUUCCAACCAGCGGGCAGGAGAGAAGGCCUCUAUUCUUCCCCAUCAUCCCAUCCCUCCUGUACCAGCACCUCCAUUUUCAGUCAGUGUUGUCCAGCAACGGUACUGUUUACACAGUCGCUUCAGACACACCAUUUCACCUCCCUUGCCGAGCUGUUAGCCUUAGAAUGAUUGCAGUGAACAUUGUUUACACACCGUGAAUUCAUUCCCACCAGUCCAUUCCAGUUGGCACCAGCUGGAACCUUUUGGUACCUGGUGUUAACUGGAGCCCUGUUUACAAGGCGGAGUCGGGUCUCGCUGACUUCUCUUCACUUGAGGUCAUAUUUUUCCCCUGUGGGGAAAUAAACUGACUUUGGACUGCUUCAGUCUCUGCCAUCUUCCAUGACUGUAUCUGUUCCUGCCUUCCUCAGCAGUGUCUGCAGGAGACAGGCAAGAAGAUUGGAGCGGUUUUCUCACAGGUCUGCAAUUCUACUUUUCUCCGAGUAUACAUCAUGACCCCCUCAUUCUCCUCUUGAACUGGGGAGGGGAAGAAAUAAAAGGCAUGCCCACUUCCAUCACCUCCCCAUUCCCUAUCCCCUACCCUGAGCAUCAUGAGCUGUUAUCAUGAGUCUUAGAAGGAGGGGCUUCGGUUCUAGGCUGGUGUGAAUAGCAAAGGAGAGGGUGUGAACCCCUCAUUUGUCUCCUAACUGUCCCUUUUCCAGGAAGUUGUGGAACUGUAGGAAGAGGAGUUUUCAGAAAGUUAGGACUGGGCAGAUAGUUGAGUCCUAACUUAUGGGUGCAUCAUUGCUUCCCACACCCAACUUUUCUUACCCACAGUGUCCCUCCUCUCUCCUCUACUUUGCAGAUCCCUUGGACUCAGGGCCACUGUACAUAGGCUUUUCUGCUCUCCAUCAAAGAACUUCCACCUUCCUCUUGUGGCCCCCAUCAGCUUUGCCCCCAAUACUCAGCAAGAUUACUUGCAACAAAUGAUUAGUUCUUCUGACUUGUGGGGCUCUCUGCCACAGACAGCACAGCCCUUGCCCAUCCGAACCCCAUCCCUGCUUCAUCUCAGUUCUGCAUGGGCACUCUUCCCACUCAUGGAAGGGAGAUAGCUCAGGGACCACCAAUGUGGGACUCUCCUGAGAUACCUCCACUCUGAUUCAGAAACACACUUCUACCUCUUUACUGUUAACUCCUACAGAUGCAGCCAGCAGUUUCUGGGCACUUCUCAUGGCAGGUGCCUCGUGCUGGCUUCUCCACUAGGAUUUCAGGACAAACUACCGAGGAACUGCCUCAGCCUCCUCCCAGUCCUCACCUUCUUCCCCUUCCAUCUAGAUAACUUAGGUCUAUCAUCAGAAACUGAGCAGGUCCAAGACCCAGGCUUCUGCUUCAGCCCAGGCCAGUACUCUUUGUUUGAGGUGAAAGCCUUAAAAUGUAGCUCUCUAGCCGUUGAUUGGAAGCAAUGUGGAGUGACUAAGCAUGUUUUGAUUUAGGCAGGGUAUCUUGGGAUACCUUUAAAAAAUAAAACCAGAUAUAAUAUCUGGCAAGGUUGGAAUCAGACUAGGUAAUUUGCUUCUAAAAAUUAGUUUCAGUGAGUCCCAGGGACUGAUUAAGGUUUAUUUUUAAAAAAGCGUCCACCUUGGUACGCAGCCACCUCCUGCAUGCUGUGCAUGUUAUUGGGACUCGUAUUACAGGAAAUGGUAUGUGAGGAUCCAAGCAGGACUCGGUGCUGCCAUUCUCCUUGUCUCUGGUCUUCAUCACUAGACCCAGGAACCCUUUACCACCUUCCCUGCACCCUUCCUUUACAGAGGAAAACGGGCCUCUGGCCACAGACUCAGGCUGUUAGGGGAGAACCCUCCUUUCUGCCUGCUCUUUCCUGUCCCUUCCUUGAAUCCUCUCCGCCAUUAGUGGUACUGGGACACUCAUAGGACAGGCAGAGCAACUAUUUAAAACCUUGUAAUUGGAGCCUUGCCUCCUCCCCUUCUUUCCCUCCUGCUCCCUUUCCUCUUCCUCAGUGCCCUCACCACCUACAAGGAAUUUCCCUAUCACUGUGAACUUUGCAAAUGCAGAGGAACAUCUGCCUUUACUUUUUUUUUUUUUUUUUUGACCAUAGCCACCUAGCUGUUCCUUAAACCUUCCUUUCCAUAAUUUAAAAAAGAAAAAAAAAAAAGCCUUAUUGACCUGGUUGUUCAAAGGAUAAGAAUAGCUUUAUCCUCCACUCAGUACCAAACCCACUUCAGUACCCUUACUGAGGCCAUGAAAGCCUGAGGGGCAUGUGGCUGAGACCAAACGGGGACCAGGAAGAAGGGGUGAUGCCCCCUUUCCCCACCAUCUCCUCGAACUUCUGUCAGCGAUGAGCUUCCCUGAUUGGGGCAGACACCUCCCACCCUGUACAGUAGCUGGUCACCGUUGAGUGCAGUCCUGGGGGCCAGAGGAUAGCAUGCCAACUCUGUCAGCACCAAGGAUCUGUGCACAUCUCAAAGAAGUGAGAGGGAAAGGAGCACCAAUGAGUCCCCCCCCCCCCCAAACCUUUUACAAAUGGCAUUUUGUUAAAGGAAAUCUAGGAAGCAGGUGUGAUUACUUUUUUUGCUCGUAGAUAUUGUCCUAAGUUGAAAUUCUCCUACUACCCUAAACUUUCCCCUAGUAGCCCUUUAAAUCCACCCCUUCUUUUUGGUAGUUGUUUUCUCCACCCCUCUUCUACCUCCCCUCUUUAUCUAGGAGCUGUUUGUAAACACGACUUUUUUUUAAAACAAUUUAUAUUGUACAGGAUCAAUAUUUUACUUCUAACAAGGAUAUUUAUGUAAUAAACUUUGCCUUAGGCAGGUGUUGGCCAGAAAAAUCCAGAUUCCUCUGGGACCCCAGCCUGGCCUCUCCUGGAACUCUGAACCUGCUGUGGAAGGAAUUGGCUGUGACCUUCACCACUGGAGAGUAGGGGCUGUGGCUAGGGAAGAGGGUGUUGUGGUUCUGACAGGAGAAGGAGUCAUCAUAAUCUAGUGCCUCUGUUGAGGUGUUUGGAAGAAGUGUUCUAUUCCAAUUUCUUUAGAUAUAAGCUGAUUUUCUUAGCUGAUUCUCCCCAUAUGCACAUCUCCCCCUCUGAAUAUUCGGCACUAGAGCUCCUGAAACACCACUUCUCAUACGCGCCCCUCCCUCCCAGUGGUCAAGGCUUUGGAGCCUCUCUUUCGUAAUGCCAGAUUAUUUAAAGAUAAAGAUACAAGACAAAAACCUUCUAGCACUUUGUAAACACAGUGAAUAACCUCUUGGAGUAUUUUUGGCUUUAUAUAAAACAAGGUUUUUAAUUGUAAAAUAUAAGUGCCAUUAGAAAAUGCACAGGGCAUAUCUUUGUUAAAGUAGAUUUUCAAUGUUUUACAGAAUUACAUUUUCAAAAAAAGUUUUUAUAAUGAAGUUGUUUAUUAAAAACUUCUGAAUGAUG